AUGCACGUUUCAGCCAUUUUUACCACUCUUGCCAUUGGCAGCGCCUUUGCCAUACCAACAGUCGAAGAUCUAAGCGGACCCAGAGAUAUUGGCAGUCCGAUAUUAACUCCGCGCGAGGCAGCCAGUAACAUGGGCGGCGUUUUUGUCCGUGACGCCGACGUCGCCGCUCCCGAAGCGAGAUCGUUAUCGGUCAUCCAGGAACGCGGACCCUGGCGACUAACUGGCCGGAUUCUCAGAAUUAUCGCUUCUAUAUCUGUGGGUCCCGGCCUAGUCCUCAACGAAGUCCUCAGCGUUAUAUUUGGGGGCCCGGGUGAUGUGGGUCCUGUCGCAGACAGCCCCAUUGACAUUGGAGCAACUGAGAUUGACGAGGGAGGAGACGAUGGAGAGAAUAAAUUUGAGUUUCUAUUCACGGGAACCCGGGACAGAUAUCGGUGGCACGGGCAGAUUCAGGUUACAGAGGCUGGGGAGUUCAACUUUAUAAAGCGGGCAACAGACCAUCCUCUUGAACAGCAGAACAACGGGAACUGGGUACCUUCAGCCGUAGAUUUUAGCCUCGCUUGUGGAUGGGCUAAUUAG